AUGGCGGGAAUCGAGAGAGUUAAAUCCUUCCCGUUGAAUGCGGAGGAGUUUAGGAGCCAGCAGCAGGGUUUCCGUGCUCCGUGCUUCGCGUCCAUUACGUCGUCGCUACGCGGUUUCGACGCUGCGUCUGCUACCGCAGUUGGCACUAACGCGUACGACGGGGGAGCGAGGCAUCUGUUUGACGUCGCCAUGUCCGCACCGCAGGUGGCAAAGCGACUGGAAGGCCUGGCGGUGUACACCGUGAGCAACGCGGCGAACGAGUUCGUUCUUAUAACGGACGCGGAGGGCAGCAAGUCGAUCGGGCUGUUCUGCUUCCGCAAGGAGGACGCGGAAACGCUCCUGGCGCAGGUGGGUCGGCGCAGGUGGGAUGGCGCAGGUGGGCCGGCGCAGGUGGGUCGGCGCAGGUGGGAUGGCGCAGGUGGGCCGGCGCAGGUGAAGGAUCGUGACGCCUCGCUGGGUAAGGGAGCUCGUGUGGUGCCUGUGGCCAUGGAUAAGGUGUAUGCGCUGUCAGCUGAGGGGAUCGCCUUCCGCUUCCUGCCCGACCCCCUUCAAGUCAAACACGCCGUGCUCCUGAGGUCGCAAGCAGGUGACAACAGCAAGGCAUUUGAUGGGGUACCUGUCUUCCAGUCAGAGAGUCUCAUCCUCCGAUCCAAGAACCGCCGCUUCUGCCCAAUCUUCUUCACCAAGGAGGACCUAGAGGCAGCAAUAAGGAAGGCAACGGGGGGGAAGCCUCAGAAGAGCACGGGGAAGGGGCCUGUCAACAUUAACGUGCAGGUGGGGAGCUUUGAGGACGUGCUAAAGAAGAUGGAGAAGAACGAGGAGGAUUCGCCAUGGGGCGAUCUGCUCUUUGUGCCGCCCGGUCGGGAUGUGGAUGGUGUGGUGGGCAAGCAAACAGCCCAUGCUGCUGCUGGGUCAUCUGAGUCCGUGCUUUGCUGA